AUGACAAUCGAAAUUUCAAAAGGCUUGACUAUACCUGGAGUGGAUAGCAUUGAUGAAUUCGAGAAAUGGAUUUCAAGUCGAGGCAUAGAGGGUAAUCUUUCAGUCGGUGAAAGCUUUGGCAUUGGUUUGUUUUACCAAGGCAAAAAUACCGAAUCAGCCGAAGACGACAAAAUUAUACUUCGUGUCCCCACGCAGUCGUCUCUCAACAUGGACACGUUGUUGGAGCUACUCACUCAGCUAAAGGCAAGGGACAAGGACCUGGAUGCGAGCGUAAAGGAGUCGGACUUGAUUGUCAAAUUCCUUGAGAUACUAAACCCAGGAUCAGAGACCAUUAUAUUGUUGGCAUACUUGGUGGGAUUCGAGUUUUUGAGACAACUGGGAGAUAAGACAUCAGAUUAUUACAAAACAUCACCAUUGAGAGCUUGGGAUGCCUACUUGGAUAUCUUGUUGCUGACAAAAGUGUUUUCUUUUGACGUGGACAACGAGAACCCAUUUGCUGAUAGUUUUGGCGAAUUGCGAAAUAUAGUGUGGUCUGAAUACGAGGAUUUUAUUGCGCAUGCACAUAAAGAUAUUCCUAAUGUCGAUGUGGCUGACAAUAUAUCUUUUGAUAAAUUCUUUCAACUAUUUCAAGCUAUUCGUUCAAGAUCGUUGGAGGUUCCCAAAGAGGUGGAAGGGGGUAACCCUGAUUCAGAAUUCCAAACGAACGUGACGCUUGUUCCCGUUUUGGAUUUUGCAAAUCACAAUCGUGAAAACAACGCUUAUUUUGAUGUUGAUAGAGAAAACAACGAUAUCGUGUUGAAACUAAAAAAAGAAGAGGCCAUCAAAGAGGAACCUUUUGAAGUUACAAUUAGUUACGAUCCAGUGGACACGAAACCUGAGUUUUACCUCACUUACGGGUUCCAGUCUGAUGCUUGA